UUUCUGUCCAACAUAGACAAACCUCAAUUCGUCAACACGCAAUAGAAAAUGCAAACAAUAUAACCUAAAAAUUUACGAAAGUACACACAAAGUUUUAUAAAGUUAUUUUGAAUAUUUUAAGUAUAUUAUGGCAGAAGAAAAUGAAAUGGUUACUGAAAUAAGUGAUAAAGUUACAGAACAAGUAAUAAAAACUGACGAAGAAUAUGCAUAUUUAGAUCGCGGAGGGUUUUCUUCGGAAAAGUUUAAGAUAGAAUUGCGUGGACUGCCCAAGUUUUAUGGAAUUGCCGAGUUAAAGAAACUUAUGAAUCAAAAGUUGGGUUUGAACACUAGUAAAAUAAAGAGACCUAAAAACGGAAGUCAUUGGCUGUAUGCCUGCUUCCAAAAUGACGAAGAGCGCUCUAAAGCUAUUCAGGCACUCAAUGGGUACUCAUGGAAAGGUAAAACAUUAAUAGCAGAAGAGGCAAAACCAGCACCAGAUCCAUUGGUUAGAAAGAGGAAGCAAGAUGAAGAGGAUACAGACCUACAGAAGAAGAGGAAAGAGGAUGACAAUAAGAGUCAAGAAGAGAGGCUUAAAGAUGCCACCACUCCAUACUGGAAUAUGCCUUAUGAGCAGCAGCUCAAGUUAAAAGAAAAAGAAAUCAAGAAUAUUCUGAUGAAAUUUGACAAUGAAAUAUGGAAAAUUGACAAAAGCAGGCGUAAUGAGAUUGAAUCAAAACGCAAGCUACACCAAGGAUUAAGCUUUGAGCUAAAACCUAUAGAGAAGUCGCCAGUAACUGAAGGUUAUAGGAACAAGUGUGAGUUUACAGUUGGGAUUGAUGAUGAGACGAAGUUGCCUACUGUUGGGUUCAGGUUAGGGAGCUAUGUGACUGGCACUGUUGGUGUUGGGCCAAUUCAGGCAAUGAUACAUAUAUCAGAGCAGACUAAAAAGGCUGUAUUGUUGUUCCAAGACUUCGUCCGCAAGUCUUCGUUGGCGCCGUUCUCUCCUGCGGACUACUCGGGCUACUGGCGAUACCUCACCGUGCGAGACUCCACGUCUACUGGCGAGGUCAUGCUCAUAGUAGUCAUGCAUCCACAGGAGCUGACCGAAAGCGAAUUAGAUAAAAUAAAGAGCGAUCUUAAAGAACAUUUUAGUUCAGAAGAAGCGAUCGCGUGUGGAAUCAAGUCCCUGUACUUCGAACUUGCACUUAAAAGGCGUGUUGGCGAGGAUGGGGCGAAGCCAGUCCAUCUUGCUGGGUCCACUCAUAUAAUAGACACUAUUCUUGGAAAGCAGUUCAGAAUAUCACCAGAGGCGUUCUUCCAGGUGAACACCGCAGGCGCAGACGUGCUGUAUCAGAGUGCUAUCGACAUGAGCCGAGUAAAGGAGGACUCCACUGUGGUGGACAUCUGUUGUGGGACCGGCACUAUAGGACUGUGCUUCGCUAAGCAUUGCAACAAAGUAUUAGGCUUGGAGAUGAUAGCUGAAGCGGUUAAGGAUGCUAAAGCGAAUGCGGAGUUAAAUAAAAUAGAGAACUGUGAGUUCUUCACGGGGAAGGCAGAGGAUGUGCUGCCGUCCGUGCUGGCGCGGGCCACCGGAGAAGAUAUCAUAGCCAUUGUGGACCCGCCGAGGGCUGGGCUACAUAUGCGUGCUGUAACCCAGCUUCGGAACACGAGGAAGGUGAAGCGCUUAGUAUACAUAUCGUGCAGCCCGGCGUCCGCCGUUAAGAACUUCAUCGACCUGUCCCGCGCGUCGUCCAAGACGUUGCGCGGCGCUCCCUUCCUGCCCGUGCGAGCUGUGCCCGUCGACAUGUUCCCACAGACGAAACACGUUGAGCUCGCUAUACUGUUUGAAAGAGAGAAUUCUUCAGAGUCUAGCGAAAUGGAGACCUCAAUACCUCAAGACGUCAAAGACAAAGAGGAUGAUAGCAAAGAGGUUAUAAAUGACGAAAACAAUGAUACUAAUGUAGCAUAGCAUUUGUUGAUAAUAAAAUGUUUAUUAAUCAUUAA